UUUGAUAUGGUUGUUUACUACCAGUUUUCGACAAAUCGUCUGCUGGCAAACCGAUGGGCUUUUCGAUUCACCAGAAAGCCGUCGUCCAGUGAACUUUCCACUCUUGUUUUCAAGGAUAGGUCCAAGGAGCUAGGAGAGAUAGUGAUUAGCUAGACAAAACUUGACAAAUUAGCGGCUUUCCAUUGAAGAUGAAGCACAAAAAAUCAUCCAAAAAGGCCAACACCAAUCUGACACACAUUUAUUUGAACGAUAAAAAUAUCACCCAAAUCACAAACAUUUACCCUACCAAACGGAUUCUGGUGCUCUAUCUGCACAACAAUCAAAUUUCCCGCAUUGAGAAACUGGGGGGAUUCACGCACCUAACGCAUCUCUACCUGCAGUGGAACAAUUUGAGGAAAAUUGAGAAUUUGGAUGGCUUGAAGAACUUGAAACAGCUCUAUUUGGGGUACAACAAAAUCGCCAAGUUGGAAAAUCUGGGCAAUCUGAAAAAGCUGGAACAGAUCCACAUCGAGCGACAACUGCUGGAUGGGACGACCCGUUUCGAGUUUGACGAUGACUGUAUGAAGGCGCUGGCGAACCAUCUCAAGGUGUUGAACAUCAAAAAGCUCCGACUCACCCACUUGACAGCGCUGGAACCGCUAUGGAAGCUGGAAGUCCUUCUGGCAUCGGAGAACAAUUUUAAAUCGACAGAGGACAUCACCCCGGUAAUCAGUGCCCUGUACUCGUUACGCGUUCUCGAUCUUCAGGGGUGCGUUGCGCAAAAGGAUGUCCACUACCGGGAGAAGGUUACGGCCGCCGCUGGACAUAAAUUGCUGCUUUUGGAUGGUAAAAUGAUCUCCCAAUCGACGCGUAACUUCAUCAAGAACUUCCAGACCAUCAAGCAGGAGAAGAAGCGUCGCGCCUUGGCUGCCGGAAGUGAGGAGAAAGCAAAAACGGCAGACAACUCCAAGUGCUCGCUUGAUAGUAGUACCGGUAGCGAGAGCACAUUUACCGUCGGAGGAGGGCACAUCCGGGGUCAUUUCCCAACGAAUUCGCUCUUCCAGGUGACUCCUCGGCGGCCGGUGUGUCCAAGGGUUCCCCGGAAGCCCGUCAUUCGAUCGCCGGUGCUGCUGAAAACGAUGUCGGCCCAUUUUAGUGAUGAGAUGUUCGGACGCGCUGAGAUUAGAGGGCUGGAUUCGGGACUGGUGAUGUCGGAACGAGGCGGCAGCCAGAACAAUAAUAUCGGGGUGAUGUUGCAGGGGAAGGUCAUGAAGGCAGAAGUUCCGGUGUUCAAGGAAAAGAUUCGCGUGCAACGGAAGGUGCAAUCAUUACCGUCGAUCGAUUAGUUGAAAAAUAGUGCGUGACUGUUUUCGGUGGUGUGCUGAUGUCUUGGUUUCUAGCUAGCGGUUUGGUUUGGACAUUUUACGGUUGAUGAGAAUAAAAUUUUAGCUGAAUAA